GACUUGCAGCAGGCAAAGGAGGAGGAAGAAGGGGCCAGGAGAGCAGAGGAGGUGGCUCCAGGCUCCGUGAGGGCUCUGAGGGUCUCUGCCUGAAGAGGGAGGGAGAGGGGGAGCUGAGCUGGGGCAGGAACUCUGGAAUGCAGCCCCCUUCACUGCUGCUGCUGCUGCUGCUGUUACUGCUGCUCCUGUGUCUCUCAGUCAAGACCAGAGGGCUGCUGUGCAGAAGUGCCCCAGAACCCUGCGCCAAUGGAGGCACCUGCCUGAGCCUACUUCAGGGACAAAGCAUCUGCCAGUGUGCUCCUGGCUUCCUGGGUGAAACAUGCCAGUUUGCUGACCCCUGCCAGGAUGCCCAGCUCUGUCAGAAUGGAGGCAGCUGCCAAGCUCUGCUUCCCACCUUCCCAGGCACACCCAGUCCUCCCUCUCCUUUGACACCCAGCUUCUUCUGCAUUUGCACCUCUGGUUUCACUGGUGAGAGGUGCCAAGCACAGCUUAAAGACCCCUGUGCUUCCUUCUGUUCUAAAAUGGGCAGCUGCCACAUCCAAGCCUCAGGCCUUCCCCAGUGCUCCUGCCUGCCUGGGUGGACAGGUGAGCAGUGCCAGCUCCAGGAUUUCUGCUCAGCCAACCCCUGCACCAAUGGAGGGGUAUGUCUGGCCACAUAUCCCCAGAUCCAGUGCCGAUGCCCACCUGGCUUCGAGGGCCACACCUGUGAACGUGAUGUCAAUGAGUGUUACCGGGACCCAGGGCCCUGCCCUAAAGGCACCUUCUGUCAUAACACACUCGGGUCCUUUCAGUGUCUCUGUCCCUCUGGCUGGGAGAAUGUAGGCUGUGUGCUCAAGCCAGGACCCUGCCCCCUCAGGGGCUGUCUCAAUGGGGGCACCUGCCAGCUGGUUCCAGGAAGAUACUCCACCUCUCAUGUCUGCCUCUGCGCCCCAGGCUUCACUGGCCUGGACUGUGAGGUGAAUCCAGACGACUGUAUUGGACACCAAUGUCAGAAUGGGGCCACUUGCCAGGAUGGGCUGGGCACCUACACCUGCCUCUGCCCUGAGGCCUGGACAGGCUGGGACUGCUCUGAAGAUAUUGAUGAAUGUGAAACUUCCCAGGGCCCCCCUCCAUGCAGAAAUGGGGGCACUUGCCAGAACUCGGCUGGUGGCUUCCACUGUGUGUGUGUGAGUGGCUGGGGUGGUGCAAGCUGUGAGGAGAACCUGGAUGACUGUGCAACUGCCACCUGUGCCACCGGAUCCACCUGCAUCGACCGUGUGGGCUCCUUCUCCUGCCUCUGCCCACCUGGCCGCACAGGUCUCCUGUGCCAUAUGGAGGACUUGUGUCUGAGCCAGCCAUGCCAUGGGGAUGCCCAGUGCAGCACCAACCCCCUGACAGGCGCCACACUCUGCCUGUGUCAGCCCGGCUACUCAGGGCCCACCUGCCACCAGGACUUGGAUGAAUGCCAGAUGGCCCAACAAGGCCUCAGUCCCUGUGAACACGGCGGCUCCUGCCUCAACACCCCCGGCUCCUUCAACUGCCUCUGCCCAUCUGGCUACACGGGCUCCCGCUGUGAAACUGAUCACAAUGAGUGCCUGUCCCAGCCCUGCCACUCUGGCAGCACCUGCCUGGACCUGCUUGCCACCUUCCAAUGCCUCUGCCCACCAGGAUUCACAGGCUCCCGCUGUGAGGAGGACAUAGACGAGUGUGCAAGCUUUCCCUGCGCCAAUGGGGGGCAGUGCCUGGACCAGCUUGGAUCCUUCCACUGCAAGUGUCUCCCAGGCUUUGAAGGCCCACACUGCCAGGCAGAAGUAGAUGAGUGUCUGAGUGGCCCGUGCCCCCCUGGAGCCAGCUGCCUUGACCUCCCAGGAGCCUUCUUUUGCCUCUGCCCCUCUGGCUUUACAGGUCAGCUUUGUGAGGUUUCCCUGUGUGCCCCCAAUUUCUGCCAACCUGAGCAGAAAUGCCAGGAUCAGGAAGACAAGGCCCCUUGCCUCUGCCCUGAUGGAAGCCAUGGCUGUACCCCCGCUGAGGACAACUGCACCUGCCACCAUGGGAACUGCCAGAGCUCCUUAUGUGUGUGUGAUAUGGGAUGGACAGGACCAGAGUGUGGAACAGAGUUGGGGGGCUGCAUCUCCAUGCCUUGUGCCCAUGGAGGCACCUGCCAUCCCCAGCCCUCUGGUUACAACUGCACCUGCCCCAUGGGCUACACAGGGACCACCUGCAGUGAGGAAGUGACACCUUGUCACUCAGGGCCCUGUCUCAAUGGUGGCUCUUGCAGCCCCAGUCCUGGGGGCUACUCCUGCACCUGCCCCCUAAGCCACACUGGACCCCAGUGCCAGAACAACAUCGACCACUGUGCCUCUGCCCCGUGUCUCAAUGGGGGUACAUGUGUGAACAAGCCUGGCUCCUCCUCCUGCCUCUGCGCCAGGGGCUUCCAGGGCCCACGCUGUGAGGGAAGGGUCCGGCCCAGCUGUGCAGACAAUCCCUGUAGGAACAGAGCCACCUGUCAAGAUGGCCCUCAGGGUCCUCGUUGCCUUUGUCCCCCUGGAUACACAGGAGGCAGCUGCCAGAGUCUGACAGACUUCUGUGCCCAGAAGCCCUGUCUACACAACUCCCGGUGCCUCCAGACUGGGCCUUCCUUCCAGUGCCUGUGCCUCCAGGGAUGGACAGGAACUCUCUGUGACAUGCCGCUAUCCUCCUGCCAGAGGGCUGCUCUGAGCCAAGGCACAGAAGUCUUAUCUUUGUGCCACAAUGGAGGCCAGUGCAUGGACAACGGUGCUUCCUAUUUCUGCCAGUGCCCCCCUGGGUUCCAAGGCAGUACAUGCCAGGACAAAGUGAACCCAUGCAAAGUCAGCCCCUGCCAGCACGGGGGCACCUGUGUGGUCCAGCCCAAUGGGUACUUCUGCCAGUGUGCCCCAGGCUACAAUGGACAGAAUUGCUCAAAGGAACUCCAUGAUGCCUGUCAGUCCCAACCCUGUCACAACCAUGGGACCUGCACUCCUAAACCUGGAGGCUUCCUCUGCACCUGCCCUCCAGGCUUUGUGGGGCUGCGAUGUGAGGGAGAUGUGGAUGAGUGUCUAGACCAGCCCUGUGACCCCAGGGGUACUGCAGCCUGCCAUUCUCUGGUCAAUGCCUUCUACUGCCAGUGUUUGCCUGGACACACAGGUCAGUUGUGUGAAGUAGAGGUAAACCCCUGCCAGAGCCAGCCCUGUUCCCAUGGAGGGUCUUGUGAAGCCACAGCAGGCACACCUUCAGGUUUCAUCUGCCACUGUCCCCAGGGUUUUGAAGGCCCUACCUGCAGCCACAGAGCCCCCUCCUGUGGCCUUCAUCACUGCCACCAUGGUGGCCUGUGUCUGCCCUCCCCUAAGCCAGGCUCCCCACCACUCUGUGCCUGCCUCAAUGGCUAUGGGGGUCCUGACUGCCUCACCCCGCCAGUACUGAAAGGCUGUGGCCCUCCCUCUCCAUGCCUACACAAUGGCAGCUGCUCAGAGACCCCAGGGCUGGGGGGAUCAGGCUUUCGCUGUUCCUGUCCUCCCAGCUCUCCAGGGCCCUUAUGUCAAAAGCCCGGAGCAGAUGGGUGUGAGGGACGAAGUGGAGAUGGGGCCUGUGAUGCUGGCUGCAGUGGCCCAGGAGGAAACUGGGAUGGGGGUGACUGCUCCCUGGGGGUCCCAGACCCCUGGAAGGGUUGUCCCUCCCAGUCUCGUUGCUGGCUUCUCUUCCGGGACGGCCAAUGUCAUCCACAGUGUGACUCUGAAGAGUGUCUGUUUGACGGCUUUGACUGUGAGACUCCUGCAGCCUGCACGCCUGCCUAUGACCAGUACUGUCGUGACCACUUCCACAAUGGGCACUGUGAGAAAGGCUGCAACACUGCCGAAUGUGGCUGGGAUGGGGGUGACUGUAGGCCCAGAGAUGGAGAUGGAGAUACAGAGCAGGAGACCUCCCUGGCUCUGUUGGUAGUGCUGAAGCCUCUAGUGCUGGACCAGCAGCUGCUUGUCCUGGCCCGAGCCCUGUCCCUGACUCUAAGGGUGGGGCUCUGGGUGAGGAAAGAUCGAGAUGGUCGGGACAUGGUAUACCCCUAUCCAGGGGCCCAGGCCAAAGAGGUACUAGGAGGAAUGUUGGACUCCUCUCAUCACCAGGAAAAUGCAGCUAUACACACACAGCCAGCAGGCAAGGAAACAGACUCCCUCAGUACUGGGUUUGUGGUGGUGAUGGGUGUAGAUUUGUCCCACUGUGGCCCUGACCACUCUGCAUCACGCUGUCCCUGGGACCCUGGGCUCCUGCUCCGCUUCCUUGCUGCGAUGGCUGCAGUGGGGGUCCUGGAACCACUGCUUCCAGGACCUCUGCUAGCUGCCCACCCUCAUGCAGGCUCUGCAGCACCUCUCAACAAGCAGCUUCCCUGGCCUCUGCUGUGCUCCCCAGUGGCUGGGGUGCUUCUACUGGCCCUCGGGGCUCUUCUAGUCCUCCAGCUUAUAAGGAGGCGCCGCAGAGAGCAUGGGGCCCUCUGGCUACCACCUGGGUUUAUUAGAAGGUCUCGUUCUCAGCCAGCUCCUCACCGCCGCCGGCCCCCGUUGGGUGAGGACAGCAUUGGUCUUAAGACACUGAAAUCAGAAGUCGAUGAGGAUGGAGUUAUAAUGUGCUUAGGCCCAGAGGAAGGAGAGAUGCGCCAGGCUGAAGAAAUGGUCUCUCCUUCCAAGUGCCAGCUCUGGCCUCUGAGUGGUGACUGUCAGGAACUCCCCCAGACAGUCAUGCUGACACCUCCCCAGGAAUCUGAGAUGGAUGUCUCUGACCUGGACUCCCGUGGACCUGAUGGAGUGACACCCCUGAUGUCUGCUGUCUGCUGUGGGGACGUAGAGUCCAAAACUUUCCAGGGGGCGUGGUUAGGAGGCCCAGAGCCCUGGGAACCUCUACUGGGUGGAGGGGCCUGUCCCCAGGCUCACACUGUAGGCACCGGGGAGACCCCUCUGCACCUGGCUGCGCGAUUUGCUCGACCAACUGCAGCCCGUCGCCUCCUUGAAGCUGGAUCUAACCCUAACCAAGCAGACAGAGCAGGGAGGACCCCACUUCACACAGCUGUGGCUGCUGACGCUCAGGAGGUCUGCCAGAUCCUACUACGCAACAGACAGACUUCAGUGGAUGCACGGACAGUGGAUGGGACCACAGCCCUGAUGCUGGCCGCCAGGCUGGCAGUGGAGGACCUGGUUGAAGAACUUAUUGCAGCCCGAGCAGAUGUGGGGGCCAGGGAUAAAUGGGGGAAAACCGCGCUGCACUGGGCCGCCGCCGUGAACAACGUCCGCGCCGCCCGCUCCCUGCUGCAGGCCGGAGCUGACAAAGACGCCCAGGACGGCAGGGAGCAGACGCCGCUCUUCCUGGCGGCCCGAGAAGGAGCGGUGGAGGUGGCCAAACUGCUGCUGGAACUGGGGGCGGCCAGAGGCCUGCGGGACCACACUGGGCUGACAGCGGGGGACAUCGCCCGCCAGCGAAACCACUGGGAUCUGCUGACGCUACUGGACGGGGUGGGGCCAGCGGAGGCACGUCAUCAAGCCCCGCCCGGCCGCGGGGCGGGCCUCUUCCCGCGCGUACGCACCACGUCAAACAGCGUGCCUCCGUCAGGGGGCGGGGCUCCGCCGCACUGCCGGACGUUGUCAGCGGAUGCUGGUCCGCGCGGGGGCGGAGCCCGCCUUCAAGCCCGGACGAUGUCUGUGGACUUGGCCUCGCUAGAGGGCGGGGCCUGCUCGCUUGGCCUCAGCCUAUCGAGAGGAGGAGCGGGAGGCGGCCCGCCCCCUCGCGGCCGCAGGUUCUCUUCAGGCAUGCGCAGGUCGCGGCUCAGUCCGGCGGUGAUUAGAGGAAGAUCCGGGGUCUUGGCGGCGAGUGGAGGUGGCACUCCCACCGACCACUGGCCGGGCGACUGGGGGGCGCUGACAGCCUGCGGCCCCGCCCCCAGCGCUCCGAUCCCGCCCCCUUGCCUAACUCCGUCCCCUGAGCGGGCGUCCCCUCAGCUCACCUGUGGCCCCUUGGCCCAAGUAACACCCUUAAAAGGGGGAAACCGUGGCCAAAAAUAGAAGGCCCCGGGGCGGGGAGGGGCUCAGAAAGGGAGUACACAUUGCAUGGCCGGCAGCCUGGAAGGCCUCUUCUCGAUUUUAAGACCCUCCAGACCCCAAAGCGAGGGGUCCCGAGUGUAGCACCCCUCUCGCAGUGAGCAUACGCCCACCAGAACCUUCAUCGGCUCCCACGUGGAGAAGCUGCAGCCCUGGAAAGAGGGUUUAAAGAUGAGGGGCUGCAGGAGGGUGGAGUGGGGUAAGUACCCCAGACUUAAGCCGAGCUAGGACAUGCAAUGCUCUUUCCUGUACGUGUAUCACCCCCACCCCCACUACCCAAAAUGGACUGGCAGAUCUUUACUGAGCACCUGUUAACGGGCCAGGCACUAUGUUGGUGCUGAAGCAGUGGCCCAGGCCCACUCCAGCUAAUGACUGCAUCCUCCCUACCUUUCUCCACCUCUAGACACACCACUGCAGAAAUGAAGCGCUGUUUUUAUGUAUAGCUACCGCUCUCUAUUUAAGAACCCUAAAUUUGUCACCCUGAAAUAAAACUUAUUUGAAGUGUUAA